ACUGCUUGUCCAGGGCUACCAUGGGUCGCAUGCAUGCUCCUGGGAAGGGCCUGUCCCAGUGGGCUCUGCCCUACCUCUGCAGAGUCUCCACCUGGCUGAAAUUAAUGUCAGAUGACCUGAAGGAGCAGAUCUACAAACUGGCCAAGAAAGGCCCGACUCCCUCACAAAUCGGUGUGAUCCUGAGUGACUCGCAAGGUGUUACACAGGUAGGUUUUGUGACAGGCAAUAAAAUCUUGAGAAUUCUUAAGUCCAAAGGACUUGCUUCUGAUCUUCCUGCAGAUCUCUACCAUUUAACUAAGAAAGCUGUUGCUGUUCCAAAGCAUCUUAAGAGAAACAGAAAGAAUAAGGAUUCUGAAUUCUGUCUGAUUCUGAUCAAGAGCUGUAUUUACCGGUUGGCUUGAUAUUAUAAAACCAAACGAGU